CGUACCGUACUCAUCUGUAAAUUAAUUUGCCUAGUUUGAGAUACCAUGUUGCGUUAGUAAAUGCUCAAACAAUGUUUGUCUGUUUUCAUGCCAUUUCUAACGUUCGAGAGUGAUAAAAAAAAGAAAAGGAACAAAAGGAGACAUACAUGCAGAUCUAUGAUAAACAUAAGACUGGCUACAAUCUAAUCUACAACAACUUAAUUGGAAAUAGAAUAGUGAAGACCAAUACUGAAGAUGGGAGAGCGAGGCAAGCUAGUAACAAGAUGGCAAACAUCAUUACGCAAGGGAACAGAUUUUGAUUCCUGGGGUCAGGUGGUGGAAGCAGUUGAAGAAUACCAAAUGUUGGAGAGGCAGCUCAACAAGGAGAUGAAUGCAAAACCUUCUGUGUUCUCUGAAAGUCAAAAGAAAACUCUGCAACAAAUUAUGGCCUGUCUGAGUCUCAGAGCUGAAACUUUACAGUCACCAAAUGCAACAGAUGAACUUUCGCUUGAAGAGUUGAAAAGAGUGGAUAGAGCCUUGCAAGAUUUGCUGUCAAGCUCACCUUCUGAGUUUCCAGUAGACUUGCCAGCAGGAGCACUACGGACAAGAAAAAAGUCACCAAGAAAGAACUUUGAGAUUGACAUCGAGGGGGAGGAAGAUGAAGAGGAGGAGGAGGAAGAAGAAGAUGCUACGCCACAACUUCAGUCCAAAUCUCAAAACAUCAAACCUACUGGCACUCUUUUACCAAGGAUAGCCCAUGAGCCUGGAACGACGGGAUUGUCAAUUCAUAUCGAGAAGAUUGGUCUAAAAGAUUCUACUUCGUACCUUGAUCCCUUCAUCACAGUAUCUGUUAAAGAUUUGGCUGGUGUUGAUGUCAUGAAAUCACAAGAUACACCUGUUGCCACAAAGAGAGAGGAUCAGUAUGUCAUCUACAAGGCAAACGUGGAGUUACAAAAACCCCUGGAAAAAUUACCCAAAGGUACAGCAGUAUUCUUUGAGUUCAAGCAUUACAAAGCAAAGAAGAGAACAAUUAGCUGUAAAUGUUUUGCAUUCAUGGAGAUGGAUGAGAUCAAGAAUGGACCACUUGUCAUAGAAUUAUAUAGGAAGCCAACGGACUUCAAGAGGAAGAAGCUGAGUCUGUUAACAUCCAAACCACUUUAUCUUCAUCUCAAUUUGAAUUUGUAUGAGAACUGAGAAACAACUCAAGCUUGUGUGUGCUGAUACAGAAUGCCUUAUGUUCGAAAUAUGAAAGCCCCUUUGAUUAGACAACUACAUGCAUUUGAGACUACUGAUUGAAUUGGGAGCUUAAAAGUGCACUGGCUUGACGAGAUAAGUUAGGACAAGAAGACGGGGAGAGUGGGUUGAGAGAACAAUGAAACAGUAAACCAGUUUUCAUCAAGUAGACAUGGUCAGGACAAGAAGUUCCCUGGUGAGCUCAAACUGACUUGGUUAAGAAAGGCAAGAUCAAGGAUCUCAUCAUAUCGAUUUGAUGGCAACACAAAGACAAGAGGACACAAUGUUUUUCAACUCGUUAUCCUAACAGAUCACUUGAUGAGAUCCAGUUUCUUGUUUUCUCUUUAUGAAUUACAUCUACACAUGUACAUCUCAGUUUGCUUAGAAGUAAAUAGAUUCAGAAGAAAUAAUCUUUUUUUGGCCUAAUAAUUUGUAGGUUGCUCGUAGAUCAUUUUCUGUUUAAUGUAAUAGACCGGUUUGGUAAGAUUUUCAAAUUCUGCCCAUAUUACUCUCACACUACGAUAAUUCAUGCCAACAUUCAGUAGUUUGCCCAAGACUUGCCAGACAUAUCAACAAGUAAUACAUGCAAACUGGAUGCUAAGCAGUGAGAUUCACCUUUUUUUUAGCGCUUGAUGCUCAUAGAAGUAUGAAUAAAUUUGAAUAUGUUUCAGAACUGGUCUAUUUAUCCAACAUCUCUAGGCCUACAGUUAAUUUGCCACUUGACUUAUUUACUAACUUGUUCAAAUGUAGCUCAUAAUUAUUACUCAGAAAUUGCUCUUGACAAGAUCAUGUUUGACAGUGGCUUGUUAGGCUUUGCAGCAAUUAAUGUAUGCGUAGUUAAUGCUAAGUACCUAAAUUUUCACCACAUUUCUCUUUAUUUUUAGAAAACUAACAUGGAUAUCGAGGUAAUUUCUCCCUUUUGCUUUAAAGAAAAAAAUGUAUUGCCUACCACGUCCAUCAUGUAUUUUGUGGUUUAUUUCUGUGCAUCGGCAAUUGAUCGCAAAAUCAACAAGACAGUGAUAUAUUUCCAAAAUUAAAAUGUUACAACUAAACCUUGUUACUAUUACGUAUUCAAGACUGCAUGAACUUGUAUGUAAUGGGGUUAGCCUGCGAUUUAUGUAAGGCCCAUAAAAUCAGAAAACCAAAAGAAGUUUAGAAAUUUGAGUUUGACUAAUGCGAUCUUCUUUUAUGGAAAAUCAAUAUACACUUGAGUCCAUCAGAGACAGAAUGCGGAAGCAUGUUGUCAUGAAAAGUUUCAGUGAUUGAUCUGUGUUUAAAGAACAUGGAAUAAUCAAAGUUCCAGUCUAAAUUGUAUUCCUUAAAAGUAUUCAUUUUAUUGCACGGUGGCAUACUAUAUUAUUCUAUAUAUUUAUUCCUGAUGCAAGAAAAAUCAAGUUUAACAUACUACAAAAGUUUGUUAGUUUUGACAAUGCUUUGUAUUCAAUUGAAAAACAAAAACAUUCAACCUCUUGGGCCAAGCAAAUGUUAUAUAGUUGUUGACUGGUUAGUUUUGAUGGUCAUUCUAUCCCACAUUAGCCACAGUUCCAGCUUUUAGGUUUUGAUUGUCGGGUAUUAAGGCUUUGAAAAAUAAUACUGGAUGACUGAGCCCAAGCAAUAGAAUCCAUAUACACAUAUAUUUAAAUAUUUUUACCUGUAACUCAAGA